AUGGCUUCAGGUCAAGUGCGGCGAUUUCACUCGAUCAAGGCCGAGUGGGGUUGCUCCAAGUUUAUCUCUCACAAAUCACUGAAAGAGCCCUGCAAUGGAUAUCUUGUUGAUGAUAAUUGCAUUCUUGGAGCUGAGGUAUUUGUCAUCAAGAACCAAGGAGUUGGUGAAUGUGUGUCCUUGUUAAAAGACAUCGAGUGUAUUAAGCACGAGUGGAACAUCUUUGAGUUUUCAAAAUUAGGGGAGCAAUGUUCUUCUAAAGAGUUUACUGUUGGGGAUCACAAAUGGAAGCUUUUGCUCUAUCCUGCAGGUCAUGCUCGUGAAAAGGGCCAUAGCAUAUCCAUUUACCUUGUAUCAGUUGAUGCUGGAAGUUUUGGUCGCCAGAAAAGGGUCAAGGCAAUACUUAGCAUUUCUGUAAAGGAUCAGAUUAGUGGUGCACAUCAUUCUUCACAUUGGUUUUCAGCUGCUGUAGCCGCUUGGGGUUGGUCAGCAUUCAUGCCGCUACAUGAAUUCAAGAAUCCAAAAAAAGGCUACCUUGUCGAAGACUGCUGCAUUGUGGAAGCAGAUGUUCUUGUAGUUGGUGAUGUCAAUAGUUUAACCUAA